AUGGAGUUACUCACAAGGUCGCCUCUCCUUACCACCCUCAAACUAGUGGACAAGUCGAAAUCUCAAACAGAGAACUCAAGAGCAUACUUCAGAAUUACGGCCGAGCCCACGUACCAAUUCGGGAAGCAACGUCCCGCGGUCGGCCAAACCAAAUCACGCAGCCAAAGCCGCGCACGACCGUACCGCGCGAACCGGAAAGCAUUGCCUUGCGGCCGUGUGGCACGACUCAUGUACCGCGGCCGAUCGCGCCAUCCGACCAGGAAGGCCUCGUCCUUGGUGUUCCAGCUCAAGAACUACAAAAUCAGCAGGAAUGUAGCAAUCUCCAACCAUGAUUGGAACAUCCAUAAUAACACCAACAGGGCGGCGAACAGAUGA